ACUCGGCAUGCAUGAUGAAAAAUUGACAUCCACAUUAAGGGUGGUUAGCAUACAGCUAGGAGACAUGGGUUCGAUAUGGUUUUAUAGCAUGAACAUUAAAGACAUCAAAGAGUCACACACAGGAAGCUUGCAUUCAAGAUCGACCCCCCCACCAAACACCACAUAUAUCCACCAGAGAUGGACGACGACGUCGCCGCCCUGGUGGUAGACAACGGCUCCGGCAUGUGCAAGGCCGGUUUCGCCGGAGACGACGCACCCCGCGCAGUCUUCCCCUCCAUCGUGGGCCGGCCCAGGCACCAGGGCGUGAUGGUGGGCAUGGGCCAGAAGGACUCCUACGUGGGCGACGAGGCCCAGAGCAAGAGGGGCAUCCUGACCCUCAAAUACCCCAUCGAGCACGGCAUCGUCAGCAACUGGGACGACAUGGAGAAGAUCUGGCAUCACACGUUCUACAAUGAGCUCCGCGUCGCCCCCGAGGAACAUCCCGUCCUGCUCACGGAGGCGCCGCUCAACCCCAAGGCCAACCGGGAGAAGAUGACGCAGAUCAUGUUCGAGACCUUCAACACGCCCGCCAUGUACGUGGCCAUCCAGGCCGUGCUGUCGCUGUACGCGUCGGGUCGUACCACAGGUAUCGUGAUGGAUUCCGGCGAUGGCGUCAGCCACACGGUGCCCAUCUACGAGGGCUACGCUCUCCCCCACGCCAUCCUGCGUCUGGACCUGGCGGGCAGGGACCUGACGGACUACAUGAUGAAGAUCCUGACGGAGCGAGGCUACAGCUUCACCACCACAGCCGAGCGCGAGAUCGUGCGAGACAUCAAGGAGAAGCUGUGCUACCUGGCGCUGGACUUCGAAACGGAGAUGCAGACGGCGGCCUCGUCCUCCUCGCUGGAGAAGAGCUACGAGCUUCCUGAUGGACAGGUCAUCACCAUCGGGAACGAGAGGUUCCGCUGCCCCGAGACGCUCUUCCAGCCGUCCUUCAUCGGCAUGGAGUCCGCCGGCGUGCACGAGACCACCUACAACAGCAUCAUGAAGUGCGACGUGGACAUCCGCAAGGACCUGUACGCCAACACCGUGCUGUCGGGCGGCACCACCAUGUUCCCCGGCAUCGCCGACAGGAUGCAGAAGGAGAUCUCCAUGCUGGCCCCGCCCACCAUGAAGAUCAAGAUCAUUGCCCCGCCCGAGAGGAAGUACUCGGUGUGGAUCGGCGGCUCCAUCCUGGCCUCGCUGUCCACCUUCCAGCAGAUGUGGAUCAGCAAGCAGGAGUACGACGAGAGCGGCCCCGGCAUCGUCCACCGCAAGUGCUUCUAGGACCGUGGCGGUCUCGUCGGCUUCGGCCGUCAUGGAUGAUGUCAUCUCUUCCUGUUGGUGUACACACAAACGUACCUUGGAAGGAAACAAUAAAUAGU